AAAAGAGGAGAGGAUCCCUAGACGCUCCCGCCCUGGAUAGCAAGUAGCGGUUUCACAGCAGCAUCCCUUGCCCCAUCUCUAUCUCCCGCGCUCUCCCUCUUCUCUCUGCUGUGAACUCAGCGGCGCUGAACUCGAUCGCCUUCCACAAUUACGACUGCCCAAGAAUGAAGAAUAAGGCAGGGCUGUGGUGAUGGCUAGCUCUCAGCACCGAUGCGUCUUCGUCGGGAACAUACCUUACGAUGCAACAGAGGAGCAACUGAUUCAAAUAUGCGAGGAGGUCGGCCCCGUGGUUUCGUUCCGACUGGUAAUUGAUAGAGAAACAGGAAAACCAAAAGGUUAUGGGUUCUGUGAGUAUAAGGACGAGGAGACUGCUCUUAGUGCUCGUCGCAACCUCCAGGGUUAUGAGAUCAAUGGACGACAGUUACGAGUUGACUUUGCUGAAAAUGACAAAGGGGCUGAUAGAAAUAGAGAACAGGGUCGUGGAGGCCCAGGGUUGAUAGCAGGCAUUGAUACACAAAGGCCAGCAGUCCUUGGAGAUGCAACUAUUAAUCAGCCUAUAGGCUUGGCUGUGGCAGCCAAUGCAGCAAGCGCCAUAUCUGUGGCUUUAAAUGAUGCACAUGCGAGUGGCAUUUCCUCUACACGAAAUAGUUUCCAAAGUCAACCUGGAGUCGGAACUGAUCCCUUAACCCUUUAUCUAGCCAAAAUGUCAAGAAACCAGUUGUCCGAUAUCCUGUCAGAGUUGCAGGUACUUACAAAGCAUAAUCAGCCUCUAGCUCGGCAAAUGCUGUUGGCAAGACCACAGUUGUCAAAAGCAGUUCUGCAGGCAAUGAUAAUGCUUGGAAUGGUACCACCACAAGUGUUGCAGUUACCAAACAUUCGGCAGGGACCAGCCUCACUUAUACCACCUUCUUUGCAAGAUGGUCAACCUUUGCCAUCUCAACCGAUCCAGCCUCCUUUGCAGACUAACCUGCAGGUUGGAGUCCUUAAUAGAUUACCUGAUGGAAAGCCGCCUGCUGCGCCUCAGAAUUCUUCUGUUAUACCUCCUACCAUACAUGGGCAAUCUAGGCUUCAAGUUGUGUCCCAAACACAAAAUCAAGUUCCAUUGCAGCUGGGGCAGUCGGGAGGAGCCUCAAGUUUAACAGCGCAGGUUCAGCCGCCCACAGGUCUCUCAGCCAUACGACCACAACCUCCUCUAACAACUUCCAAACCUUUACAGCAGCAAAUGCAGCCGCCUUUGCCGCAGCAACCUAGACCAGUUGGAUAUGCAGUUCAAAGGACUGUGCAGUCUACAAUUCAGAAUCCAGCUCUUCUACAGUCACUUCCAUCCCAGCCCAUUUCAAAUCAUAAUGCAAUAAAGCCUGGACCUAGUGCCACAGUUAUUGGUGGACAACCUGCAGGCUUCAGAGAUACAGGAUCUCUCUCAGUUAUCAACUCAAAUAUCCAUUCAAGUUUGGUGGAUCAAACCGGCUUGACUGCUGAUACUUCUGAGGUAUUGACACGCCCCUCGAAGCUUACUAAGCUUGAAGAUGGAUGUGUAUCCUCUGGUGCAAUGGCUGGCAGUAAUAUUUCUGGAGUUGCUUUGGCACCUGCUUCAAUCAUUGGAGCUAGUUCUUUUCCAACAAAUCAAAUAUCUAAUUCUAAUAUAGCGGCAAAUGCUGAACAGCAGGUUCCUCAGCUUUCUCCUGAGGUUGAAUCAGCAUUGUUACAGCAAGUAAUGAACCUAACACCAGAGCAACUGAGUUCCCUGCCUCCUGAGCAGAGGCAGCAGGUACUUCAACUCCAACAAAUGCUCCGUUGAGACUAUUGUCUGGCAGCUUCUUCUAUUCAUUUCCUGGUAUGCACAAAGAGGAGAGGUGUUACGGUGGAAUAAUCUUAAUGAUCAGUGAGAAAUUUUCUAAUGUAUGUUGUGGCCAUUUUCCAAUGUAUUAUUUAAUGUAACAUAUGGGGUCUUAUGGUAUCCCAUCUCCAUUAUUUGAAAGGCAUCAAGCAGCCAUCCUCUGCAUCUCUUUUUGUUUGAAAGGUGUAACGGUUAUUGUGAAUGAGUCAAAUUUUCAAUGGUCUUACUGAAGGAAAUUCUUUAUUGUUUC